UUUUCUUCGUCCUCUCUCUCCCCUUACGCGGCAGGGACAGGCGGACGGCUGGCCGGCGAGCUCCCCCCUCCGCGCUCUCCCUUGCGGCGCGCCCAUCUCCUCCUCUCGCCACCUCCGCCGAUCUCCCGCGAGCAGGGACGCUGUAGUCCUUCGUCCUCACCGGUACCUCAAAUAUCCUGUCCAGGAUCAAGACUAAACCUGUCAGCCAUCAUGCAGGCUAGUGAUAGGUUCAAUAUAAAUUCUCAACUUGAGCAUCUUCAAGCGAAAUAUGUGGGCACCGGGCAUGCUGACUUGAACCGAUUUGAAUGGGCUGUGAACAUCCAAAGGGACAGCUAUGCAUCCUAUAUUGGGCACUAUCCAAUGCUGGCAUAUUUUUCUAUUGCUGAGAAUGAAUCUAUUGGAAGAGAGCGUUACAAUUUUAUGCAGAAAAUGCUGCUUCCUUGUGGCCUCCCUCCCGAGAGAGACGAGGAUUGACUUGAAGCAGCCUUCCGUUGGCUUCAGCUAUUACAACUACUGGAACUUGGGUUCAGUAGCAGGUCGCUGCCCAAGGCACUAGCAUAGCCAUUCAGUACUAAUAUAAGACUGCCUAUCUUAAACAUCUUAAGCUUGUGUACCCUUUUCGAAUGUUCAUGAUGAAUGUUCAACAUUUGUGUGCAACUGAUACUUUCUUGUGAAUGUUGAGAGACAAAAUGUCCCUCGAAACUGCUACCUUCUUGUCAAAGCGAUCACUUUACCGAGCCAUGCAUUUCAAAAAACUGCAAACAUAGCGAAUUGUUUCAUCAUAAAACUACAAA